AUGGAAAAGCCGGAGCAAGUUGAAAAGCAAAUACAGGUGGAGAAGUUGUCUAAUCUCCAAGCUCGAGCUCUAUUUUUGAUCCUAGAAACCUCUCUGACGCAUGGGUUUUAUGCGAACUACAACACAAGCACGAUCAAUACAAGGUUAGCGAAUGCUCAAUGGGGUGCAUCACUAUCGUAUCAAGGAUUAUGUACUCACGAUGCUUGGGUUGAUGGUGUCCGUCGUAUGGAAUGGUUAUAUCAAGGCUUAGUAGAGGAGGAAGUGGAAGAAGCCAGACGUCUGGCAAAGCAGGAAUACCAGCGUCAAUACGAUCAUGAAAGAUACGCCAAGAAGAAGGAUGAGAUCGCUAAUACGCUUAGUUUGUAA